GCCCUCUCGGAAGCACACAUGGCGCAGAUGCUGCGGGUCGUGCGAGCAUCGAGGGGCAUGGCUAGUCUAUGAAGUUUACGAACGUAAAAGACUGAGCUAACACAGACAAGUAUAACCAGUGGUAUAACAUAUUUGUAGUGGCGCCUCUUCUGCAUCUGAGCUAGGAUGCAACUUUUCGCGUUGACUGCAAGGCUGACCAAUUUAAGGUUAGCGGCGGCCCCACAGAGAUUACUGCCGUCAGCUACCGUUGCGUUUAAGGAUCUGCACACCACGGCCCAGCUUAAUGCGGAGCCGCUUAAAAAGAAGAAACGACUCGACCCGGCUAUUCUUCGUAUGAGGGAAGAACGCAAGAAGCGAAGGAUCGAAAGGGGUAUCCGCCAACUCAAGAGGCAUGCCAAGAAGUACAAGCCAAUCGAAGAGUCGGAGGUGGCCCCAAAACUGCAAAAAGAGCUAGGAUUAAGGCACAGGGCGCCACCUGUCCUGGAGCAUGAGACAUGUCAGCUGCGAGAGGCGAUGCAGCGGGCCUGGAGCAUAUACUGCAUGCGGAAGCAUCAGAACGAAUCUGCCAUGCUGGAACGCAUCGUGGCCACACAGGAGAAGGCUUUGGAGAUGCUGAAGGAAGCCUCUGAAGAGUUGUACAAUGCAGCUGUGCAGGCUGACAAUGGAUUGUUUCCUGCUCAGUUCAAGGCCGUAGUUUCUACUCCUCCAAUUGAGAAUUAUGAGCCACCUGAUGGAAAAUAUGUUGACACCACAAAGAAGUGGAGACCCUAAAGUGCACAGCUGCUCGUUAAAAUAGAUGUACUACUCCAGUAAAUAUAGUUAUCUCCUGCA